AUGGAGUCCGACAAUCUAAAAUACCAAGGGAGAUGCAAGGAGUUCGGUAACGGGUGCAUGUGGUUGAUUCGGAUAGUCAUGCGGAAAAGGAAGAUCACAUGGAAAGUAAGGAAGUACAACGGACCACACACGUGUAUGGCCACAUCGAUUUCGAGCGACCACAAGCAGCUUGAUUAUCAUGUGAUUUGUGCAAGAAUCUUUUCAUUGGUUAGAGCUGAUGCGUCGAUAUCGAUUAAGGUGUUGCAAGAGGCAACAGAGGCAACAUAUGGUUUCAAGCCAAGUUAUCGGAAGGUGUGGUUGGCAAAGCAGAAGGCAAUAACACAGAUCUAUGGCAAUUGGGAGGAGUCAUAUGCGGAUCUGCCCCGCUGGAUCCUUGGGGUCACAUUCACCAUGAACGGUUCUAUUGCUCUGCUGAAGACCUCCCCGGUUAGAGUGGGUGACCAGGUUGAUGAAGAAAGAGUCUACUUUCAUCGCAUGUUUUGGACAUUCCCUCCAUGUGUUGAGGCAUUCCGCCACUGUAAGUCACUCGUCAGUAUCGAUGGGACACACUUGUAUGGUAAGUAUGGAGGGACCUUGUUGUUGGCGAUUGCUCAGGAUGGGAAUUCGAAUAUUUUGCCUGUUGCGUUUGCACUGGUAGAGGGAGAAAAUGCUGAGUCUUGGUCAUAUUUUCUGUCCAAUCUUAGAAGACAUGUUACUCCACAAGAAGGUAUUCUCGUCAUCUCUGACAGACACAACGGCAUCAAGGCUGCGCUGGAGUCACCAAAUAGUGGUUGGCGACCUCCGCAUGCUUAUAGGGCAUUUUGUAUUCGGCAUGUUGCUGCAAAUUUUGCCCUCACCUUCAAGGGGCAGGAUGUCAGGAGGUGGCUGGUUAACGCCGCUUAUGCGAAGACUGAAGCAGAAUUUGAAAGUAUCUCUGGAUGUGCCACAGCAAGUACAUCAAGCGCGGAGUAG